UGAAGAGAAAGGGGACCUUCCUUUAAAGAUGCUCCAAACUGGAAACUAUUCUCUGCUGUUGCUGAUCCAGUUGUCUCUGCUGGCAUAUGACCUUUUUGUAAAUUCCUUCAGUGAGCUUUUGAGGGGAGCGCCUGUCAUCCAACUCGUGCUUUUCAUCAUCCAGGACAUUUCCAUCUUGUUUAACAUGAUCAUCAUCCUGCUGAUGAUGUUCAACACCUACGUGUUCCAGGUGGGGCUCGUGUCUCUGCUGCUGGAGAGGUUCAGAGCUCUGCUUGUGUCGUCUGUUCUCUACUUGACCCUCAGCAUCUGCUUUCACUGCUGGGUUUUGAACCUCAGAUGGCUUGGGUCAAACCGUUUUGUUUGGACAGAUGGUCUUCAGUCUCUCUUUGUCUUCCAGAGAACAGCGGCUGUGUUGUAUUAUUACUUGUACAAACGCACGGCAGAGUACAUGGGAGACCCGAGGCUGUACGAGGACUCUCUGUGGUUGCGGGACGCUUUCGCCAGAGCUCGCCAAUGAAAACCAGGACGUUUAAGAGCAAAGUAAAAGAAAAUGCUGGGGUGGAAAAAAACAAAACGGACAUCGCAAGAUGGGGCAGAACAUCUCGCCAAUCUCAAGUUUUGAACAAAAUCCUCAUUGCAAAGUGCUGGACUGUGAUAAACUACACGACAGGAACAGAAUUCUUCAAAGGAGACUGACGGGAAGCCGUGCGUGUUUGCUCCUCCCAAACUGGCACUCAGGCAGUUAAAAGGUUUAUGCUGGCAGGUAAGCCAAGGGUGGCACAUGUAGUAUUGCAUUAAUCGGGAUUGAGUCGGUUAAUCUAUGUGGCCUUGCAAAACAUUUUGGAUUAAACCCUUAAUACGAAUGAAAGAAAUAUUAAAAGUUUAGAAAAGAUCUUGAACACAAAGGUUUUGUUUGUCUUUGACUUUUUUUUUCUUACAAUUGUGAACUCAUUGUAGAAAAACUGAGAUAGUUUUGUUGUUUCUCACAAUAAAAAUACAUUUUUACUUGUA